GUGCUGGGGGUGUGUGAUGAGAUGUUGGGAAUUUUAAAGAAAAGCGUAAAUCAGAUUGAUUCACACAGCAUAUAAUUUAAAAUGUCGUAAGUUCUUUGAUUCUACUGAUUUUCACGGUUCUAGCUAAAAAACUGUGACUUGCUGAGCCUUUCAAUUUUUUUGCCUAUGGGGAAAUUUUAAGCUGAAAAAUGCCCGCUGUAAGAAAACCGUACGAAGUAUUGUUCAAAAGCACAAGCAACGUAAUUCAGUGGUUGUAACAUGAAAGCAGUAGAAGGAGAAGCAUAUAGAAAAACGCAAAUAGAAUAAUAAUAAUAAUAAUAAGAUUUUUUCCAAGCCAACUUAAUAAUUCUCAAUCACAGUGGAUAUAAGUUGCCUAGCUGGUGAACUAUCUCUGUUUUGUGUGUGAAAGCUGGUUAGCUAUGCUAGUGUAAAUAGCUGUAAAUAAGAUUAAAUAGGCUGUUGGAAUGCUAGGUUAGCAUAUCUAGCUACUUUAUGAUCAGUGUUCACAGCAGUAGCUACUUCAGACUGCAUUUACUUUAAAUAUGAUACGACCAGAAACCAUUUAAUAUGAACUGCUCAUACUACUACUACUACACACACAGACACAGAGUGAGUCGACCGCAGUGUUUUAAAGGAACUGGGAGCUGAAUGAUCAGGGAGGUCAGUCAGAUCUGGAUUAUAAGAUAUUAAACAUAUUAAACUAUAUAAAUCAGUUUAGAAUGUCGUGUUAUAUUUUUUAAAAACUACAUUUUACUACUUAGUAAUAAUCUGAACUGAAGGGUAUUAUUUAUAAUAACAUAAAUAUCAGAUCAGUACUGUCUAAAACUCAGCAAUAAGAGUCUCUUAGUAGCUGAACAGACUUUAGUCCUGUCUCUGUUUCUCUUUCUUUAAUGCUCAGGACCCCACAGGACUGCAGUAACACUGAUUAGCAUGGUGGUGGUGUAUGAGGUGUUAGUGUGUGUUGUGCUGGUAGAAGUGGAUCAGACACAGCAGUGCUGCUGGAGUUUUUAAAACACUCCUGCAGCUCUGAAAGGGCUUGUUAAUGAACUGAUUAUUUGGGCGUUUGAGAGGUUCAAGCUGCCAAUGUUGGGUUCUUGAACACCCUUGUUGAGUCCAAAUCCCAUCUGAUUGUUGUGUCUUAUCUUGUCUACUCUUCUGAAUAUUCAGUGCAAUUACACAUUCUCACCAGAGAGGUCUCCAAAUCUCACAAACGUGCAGUCUGUCCCUUUAAGUGAGAUUAAAAGUAAAAUCUGAUCCUUUCCGGUUUUCCGGAGUGUGAAUCUGUGUGUAUCUUGCCUGGCUCUACAGUUUUGUCAUUAAUGUAAGUUUUCCUGAGUCUCUACAAUAAUUCCUGUUUGAGUCAGACAGUGUGAGUAUUGUAAUCUUGGCUAAUAAGGAGAAUUACAGGAUAGUUCUGUUCACUUUUCUCCAACAGAGAACCAGGAAACAAAAUCUUCACACUGUAAAAUGGCAGAAGCUGGUAUUUUGGUAGUUCAGGAUGAGUUCAGCUGUUCAGUCUGCCUGGAUCUCCUGAAGGAUCCAGUGGCUAUUCACUGUGGACACAGUUUCUGUAUGGUGUGUAUUAAUGGGUUCUGGGAUGAGGAGGAUCAGAAGAAGAUCUACAGCUGCCCUCACUGCAGACACACCUUCACCUCAAGACCUGUCGUGAGUAAAAACACCAUGCUGGCUGAGGUGGUGGAGAAACUGAAGAAGACGAGACUCCAGGCUGCUCCUCCUGAUCACUCUUCUGCUGAUCCUGAAGAUGUGGAGUGUGAUUCCUGUACUGGGAGAAAACACAAAGCCGUCCAGUCCUGCCUGGUGUGUCUGGCCUCUUACUGUGAAGCUCACCUCCAGCCUCACUACCAAUCUCCAGCCUUUAAGAAGCACAAGCUGGUCAAAGCCUCCAGACGACUCCAGGAGCAGAUCUGCUCUCAGCACGAUAAACUGCUGGAGGUUUACUGUCGCACCGACCAGCAGUGUAUCUGCAUGCUGUGUACCAUGGAUCACCAUAAAGGACAUGAUACAGUGUCACUUAAAGCAGAAAGAUCUGAGAAACAGAAGCAGGUGGUGGAAACACAGAGGAAAUACAAGGAGAGAAUCCAGGAGAGAGAGAAGGAGUUUCAGGAGUUAAUAGAAGCUGUGGAGAAUCACAAGCGCUCUGCUCAGACAGCAGUGGAGGACAGUGAGAAGAUCUUCACUGAGAUGAUCCUCUCCAUUGAGAGAAGACGCUCUGAGGUGAGGCAGAUGAUCAGAGAUCAGGAGAAAGCUGCAGUGAGUCGAGCUGAAGAACGUCUGAAGAGACUGGAGCAGGAGAUCACAGAGCUGAAGAGGAGAGAUGCUGAUCUGGAGAAGCUUUCAUUCACAGAGGAUCACAUCCAUUUCCUCCAGAGUUUUCAGACUCUCUCAGCUCCUCCUGGAUCUUCAGCAUCACCUGCUUUUACUCUCAGUCCUCUCAACACUUUUGAAGUUGUUAUGAAGUCUGUUUCUCAGCUGAGAGGAAAACUAGACGAAUUCUGGAAAGAGGAAUUUGAGAAGACAUCAGCUGCAGUGAAGGAAGUGCAGAUCAUUCUUCCUCCUGAACCCAAAAGCAGAGAAGAGUUUCUGCAGUAUUCCUGUCAGCUCACACUGGAUCCAAACACAGCUUUUAAAUACUUCCUCCUGUCUGAGAGGAACACAGUGGUGACCCGCAGCACCACUGUCCAGCCAUAUCCUGAUCAUCCAGACAGAUUUGAUAGAUGGGCUCAGGUUCUGUGUAGAGAGAGUGUGAGUGGACGCUGCUACUGGGAGGUUGAGUGGAGAGGAGAUGGAGGGGUUGAUAUAGCAGUGUCUUAUAAAAGCAUCUCCAGGAAGGGAGGAGGCGAGGAGUGUGGGUUUGGAUGUAAUGAUCAGUCUUGGAGAUUGUUAUGUUAUUCCUCCAGAUACAUAUUCAAAUACAAUAACAGAGAAACUGAAAUCUCUGGAGUGCCCGUCUCCUCUAGAAUAGGAGUGUAUGUGGAUCACAGGGCAGGAACUCUGUCCUUCUACAGCAUCUCUGAUACCAUGACCCUCAUCCACAGAGUCCAGACCACCUUCACUCAGCCGCUCUACGCUGGGUUUUGGUUGAGCUCCAACUCAUCAGUAAAUCUUUUACUUUCAGCAAAAUAGAUGAACAUGCAGAACAAAGAGAAGAGCUGGAUGAGAUCAGAUAAGAACUGCAGAAUCUAGACUGUAGAGCUGAUUAAAUAAAGUUAUAAUAGUGCUGGGAGAUAUUGUUAAUAUAAAUAAUCAUAAUUCUGAACGGUAAUUACGUCUGUCCCAGAUUAGAACUGCAGGUACAUUUCCUGUAUGGAAAGAUUUAUUCAGAUUUAGCGUUAAAUAGUUUAAACUGUUUAUAUCAUUAACAGAGCUCACAGUAACAGAGUUCAUAUUUUAAACUUCAUAUUACUGAAUUUUAUUAAUUUUUAACACAUUAUCAUUUAUUAUAAACUGAAUGAAAGAUCACAAUAAAAUGUUUAAAUUAUUAUACUGUUUUUUUAUCCUCAACAUUUUUACAUUAAAACAAAGAGAGAGGAAAUCUAUGUGUUAAUGCUUUAACUUUAAUUUUACAAUUUAUGUAAUAUCAAAAGGAAAGAACAAAAUAUAUACAACACAUAGUCAAAUAUAAUAGAAAAUAUACAUUUAACUUACUGUACACUACACACAUUAACUUACACUAUGAAACACAGUUUUACAAUAUUGCACUGUUGAUUGUAGCUUAAAUUUAAUAUAUUUAUCAUCGCUGUCACAUAAAAACAUUAUAUCUCUAAAGUAGCAACUUUACAUUUAUAUUUGCCCUUUCAUCAGGAAAUAUUGACACAGUAUGAAGAUAAAGUAUAAACAUAAGAUACAGUAGACAUAAGGUUUUUGUGUUACAGCAGUUUUAAACUAAUUAAUCUAAUAUAUGUGCUUCUAUGUUGAGUUGAUUUAUUUGAGCAUUUUAUCAUUUAACUCUACACAGUUCUCUGUAUUAAUUUGAUUUUAUUUGUAAUGUACUCAGAUUGUAUUCCUGUAAUCUUGUAAUGUUGUGGGGUAUAUCUUAUAAAUAAUAAAGUGGGAGCUGAAAGCUCAGAACAGAGGAUCUAAUUUGUCUAAUUAUUACUAUUAGUUCUGGUUUUCAGAGCACUAGGAGCAGAUGUCUGGGAUAAAUGGCUGAAGAUGGAGCUGUUUUCUCAUUGGUGUCUUUUGCAGCAUUGAA